AGUGCAGUAUGCGUCAAUGGUGAAUGAUUUUCCUGGUAGUGAAUUCGCACAUAUAUGCUUGUUGGAGGGUCUCCAUCCACUACCUGAUUUGAAGUGUUCAAACUUUGAAGCUGCAAUCAGAAUAAUGAAAUGUCAAGACUACCCUUGACAGAGCCUCGAGUGGCUUUGGUUGCAAGAGGGGGAGAGAAACGUAAAUUCUUAUAUAACGAUGGGUAUUCUGGAGAGCUUGCUGUUGGAAGUAGAAACCUCGUGGUUGGCUUGUGUCUGCGUAUUACACCAGUGUACGCUUGACAGUCUUACAUGACGUGGCAAAUCCCAAUCACGCCGCCUUAUCUGUUUGUCUCCAAACUUGAAAAACUCACUACUAUCAGUUCUACAAGCUAUCAUCCCGCCCACCUUCAAUCCUUACUCUCUCUUAUCAAUUCUCUUAUCAAUCGAAGCCUCAGAUAUUACUCGCAAGCAAUCUCUCGAUUUCGCCAUCUAUUAAUCUUCAUUCUCUCCACUGACACUCGCAUUCCCCAGCAGAAACAGUGCCAUUCACAUCAAUCUUCUUCGCCGCCCUGCAAUUCUAAACCCCAAUUUCAAGUUCUUCAUCUUUUUUUUUUUUUUUUUUCUUCUGCAUUUUAUUUCUUAGUGUACUUAUAUGAUUUAAUGUGUAUUGCUGUCGAUUGGUUAGGUUUGUGGAAGCGGUGAGAUUUGAUGGUCCGAUAAUGGGUAUUGAGGAUUUGGAAGAUGAUGAGGAUUGGGAGUUGGUGAUAGAGACCUGCAUUACGCGUAAUCCGUCUCCGGCUGUGACGCUGGAGCGCGGUCUUCAGAGUAUUAGAGAGGCUGUGGAAGAAUUGAGGUUGAAUCAUCCUCCUAGCAGUGGAAUUUUGAGAUUUCAGGUUGCUGUGCCUCCUAGUCCAAAAGCUUUGAUUUGGUUCUGCUGUCAACUGGAAUCAUCUGGAGUGUUUCCUCAAUUUUUUUGUUUAUGAGGAGACUGAAAAUCCAUCAUGAUAAUGUUGUUUUAUUUCUUCAUGGUUUUCUUGAAACUGGUGAAGACUGGAUGUCUAUCAUGAAGGCCAUCUCAGGAUCUGCAAGAUGCAUUUCAAUUGAUCUUCCUGGCCAAGGGGGAUCAAAGAUGCAAAACUGUGAAGCCAAACAGGAAGCAACUUUGUCAGUUGAAAUAGUUGCACAUAAAUUUUAUAAGGUGAUACAAGGCAUAACUCCUAGAAAGAUUGUUGUUGUUGGAUAUUCAAUGGGGGCAAUGAUUGUGUCGUGGACGGCAUUGAGGCAUGUUGAUAAGAUCAAUGCAGUCAUUCACAGGAAAACAUUAAUCCCGUUUGUGCAGAGUCCUCAACUGAUUUUCUUGAGCCCCCCAACCUUGACGAGAGCUUGAAUGCACCGAACUCUAGCUGCCCUUUGCAGUGUGGCAAUGAUUUGUAUUUUUUUUGAUCCCUUGGCAUCUGCUACUGUCGAGAAAGAUUUGUUGGGAGAGUGUGUUACUUCUGCACAAUGCGAGCCGGGUUUCCUAGAACCAGUUAUUUCUACCUUUGGCCCCCAUGCCAAGCAUGCUCACUUUGAGCCCCUUAAUCUUUCAUCCCCAAGCCUUGUUCAUUUAACCAUGGUAGACCCUACUUGUGUUUCUGAGCCUUCUCCUAUUGGACCCUCAUUCAACGAAUUGGCUGUGGUACCAUAUGAGCCUAUUGAAGCUUCAUUGCUUUCAGCCCAAGAUAGGACUCCCAUCAACAUGCAUAGCUAUGUGAAAGUGGGUAGAUUACUUGAGCAAAGGAAAAUGAAGAACAAGCUAAUCUCAGAGCUUUUUGACUUCUCCCCAAAGCUCUCCCGAGUCGGCAAGAGGAAAGGAACCUUAAAAGGGAACAACUGAAAUAUUCAGAUGCAGUUGGAAGUCAAGUGGUUGAGCCAACAGAUAGUGAUAUCUGCCGCAUGAACUCUCCUCAUCGGAGCUUAAUUUCCAACCCCUUAGUGUCCCGUUGCAUCAUGGUAUCUUCUGACUAACCACCUCUUCUUAACGCUGAGGAUGAAACUAAGAAAACUCUGGUGAUUGGCAAGGAGUUGAGACUAUCUUUCUCAAUCCCAGAUGAAAAAAGUUCAAAUCUUUCUAAAGCAAAUUCUUGAGGAGCAGGCUACUUUUAAAGGACUCGAUUGAUCUUCUGGGUUGUGUUUUGGUUGGGUUUAUGCUUCGUUGUUUUUUGUGCUUUUCGUUUCUUCUCUUAUUAGUAGAUGAUUUGGUUUUGUUGUUGAUUUGCAAUGUUCUAUUGUACUUUUUGAUUGCUCCAGUUGGGAUUUUUUUUUGCCUUCUAAGUGUUUGUUCCUUUGUCUUA